AUGGAUGUAACCAAAAAUGCAAAAAAACUCAUUCUUCCAACAUGUCCUAAUCACCUCUUCUCUUCCCAGAAACUUGGCUUUCACCCUUUUCUGGACAACAAGACUCUGAAGCCAGGUGACAAACUGUUUGAUAAAAUCAACAGUGCAAUCUUGGAGUCCAAAAUAGGGUUAGCUCUGAUAUCACCACGCUACUGUGACUCCUACUUUUGCCUUCACGAGCUUGCCCUUCUCAUGGAGUGCAGAAAGAAGGUUAUACCUCUCUUUGUUGACAUUAAACCAUCCCAAUUACGCGUCAUCAACAACGGAAAAUGGACCCUUGAGGACCACCAUCGUUUCAAAUUCGCCAUUGAAGAAGCAAAGUACACUGUGGGACUCACCUUUAACUCUUCACAAGGGAACUUCUCCGAUAUUGUGACUAGUGCAUCUGAUAUCAUCAUUGAGAGCUUGAUAGAGCUUGAGGAUGAAGAGUUGAAGAUGCAGCAUUCAUACUUGCCAAUUAGCUAA